CUGCGCCUCGAAUUUUACCUCCAAUUAUCAGCACUGUGUGCUUCACCCAGAUGGAGUCCGUGGUUUAGAUUGUUUCGGUAAAUAUAAUACUCUUGGAAUGAUAAUGUGUGUGUGGAGACCUGGAAACCACACACCAGAGAAGAUAUACACACUCAGCAUAAACCAAGAUAGCAGACGUUGCCAAAUAAUCAACAACAUCACCAAAUCCUCUAAGAGCAUCACGGUGUAUGCAGCAAACAACAUGACUGUCAACGUUUUUGAAAAUGGCGAGUCAGGGAAAUGCACAAAAGCAGUUUUCAGCGGUUCACCGAAGAGCCUGUCGAGAUGUGGUCCUCCACAUAAAGUGUCCUUCAGGCGCCAGGUGGGAAAUCUAUAUGUGAAUGUGAGCUGGCCACAGGAAGACUUAAAGGCCGUCAAUUAUUACUCUGUGAGGUAUAAGGUGCUGGGAAGCCUGUUAUGGACUGAGCUGCCGGUUCAAUCCCAAAACAGAGAGGGAUGCACAGUGGAGAAUCUAAACUCUUCUCUGUUCUACACUGUACAAAUACAAUGUGUCACUAAUAAAAAAUGCUUCCAGUGCCCAUGGAGUGAGACCUACACUGUCCCAUCAGAGCUGACAGACCAGCCUGUCAUCGUCAACAUUGAAGACAGUGACAUUUCAGAGAAAAGAGGCAGCAGGCUGCUUUCUCUACACUGGAAGUUUCCUGCCACAGAGUCGUAUGACGGCUACCAUGUAACCAUUGCUAAAGCGUCAGGAGAAGCUCCGAGUGAGCAGAUGACCACGACUCGGUCUGAGAUCAGACUGAUCCUCUCGUUCUCCUCUUAUCAUCUCAACAUCAGCGCUGUGAACAAUGUCAGCACCUCCCCAGCAGUGAGCCACACAAUACAACGGAGAGAGGACCUGCACAGUAUUGAAGAGGCGAAGCUGAACGUGUCCGUACACAGCAACACUUCUUUCACUGUUUUCUGGAAAGACGAUCUCAUAAAAACCUAUGUGUGCUUCUCUGCGGAGUGGAGGACAAAGGGACAUAAAGCAGCGUACAUGUCCUUUUAUCAGAAUGCAAAAAACUGGAGGACCUUAACUCCUUUACAAGGAGAGCCUCUGGAGCCUUUCAAGAGAUACAGCCUCACUCUGCACACACGACCAAACAAGGACACUUGCAACAUCAAGUAUAUCAACAAGAGUGAGAGCACCUAUGGGACAACACAGUUCUACUUCACCGAAGGAUCUCCUGUCAGCGCUCCCAACAUCAGCCUCAGCAACAUGACGAUGAAUUCAGUAAUGCUUCAGUGGUCGUCCAUCCCGGAGGACGACAUCAGAGGCUUCCUACUGGGUUACAUGAUCCACUACACUGAGUCCCACCACGGGGGGACGAGUACAGAGAGAAAUAUCACAGUGGAUCCACAGUCUGACAACUGUGAAUUGGGGGAUCUGGAAGAAGACACAUCAUACCAGGUCCAGAUAUCAGGCUUCACCCGGGCAGGAGCAGGAGUACGAAGCAGAGCGCACAACUUUAAAACCAGUAAAGGAUAUUUUUAUUCUUAUGUAAAUGGUUUCAUCAUUCCCAUUGCUGUUGUAACUUCUGUGCUGUUUGCAUCAAUAAUAAUAAAAAGAGGUAAAGUCAUUCUGUGGCCGAGCAUACCGAACCCUGGAAACAGCGAUGCAUUGCAGAAAAUAGGAAAAUCCAGUGAAAUGGAACUAGAGUCCAUGAAAUUGAAUGUAGAAGAGUCCACAGACAUUCUUCAGAUAGUAGAGAAAGAAGCUUUGCUCCCUCCUAACACAUUAGCAUCAGUGCUUCACCACAACUCAGAAGACGAGGGACAAUCACCAGAAAUGACUUGUUCCUGGGUCCAAAGUGACAUCGAAGAGCAACCAGCUGAAGAUAUCGAACCUGACGACACUACGGACACAUGCUCCUACUUCCACAGUCCCCCUUGUGCCUUUUCAAGUGACUACACAACAAUGGAGAUGUUUCAGCAGCGGAUGCCUCAGGGCAGGCCGGCGAACACAGCCCUCGCCCAGGCCUCGGAGACUGAUCGACAGGACACGACUGUGUUGAGGUUAAGAUUGGACCAUGUUGGACAAUUAAGUUCCAGCUCAACGGUGGACGACAAGGAGAUUUCUAACAAUUUACUUUUGGCAAUGAAUGUCAGAGUCAAUUAA